AGAUUGGACCGCGAUGGAGACGCACGUAUCGCUCGUUCCCAACUCGAAAACGUUACCCAGCCUGUUUGAAGCUGAGAAAAAAUUCAUUUACGUGUACAAAAGUUUACCAAUAUUAUGGGACGCAAAACACCCAGAAUACUCCAACAAAUAUCAGCGGCACGAAGCACUGCAGAAAUUAUUAAAAGUGUACAAGUUUAUAAAGGCAAGCGCGACCGUUAACGAUGUGAGAAUGAAAAUAAACACGCUUAGAUCGAACUAUAGGCGGGAAUUGAAGAAAGUUCUUUUGUCCAAGAUGAUUAAUAGUGAUUCACCUAACAAUGUUUAUAAGCCGAGGACAUGGUCAUUUGAGCUACUCAGUUUUUUAGGCAAUCAAAUGGAAGUAUCAACGACGACCGACGAACAUAAUGCCAGUGACUGCACCGUUUUUGAAGAAAUUGAAGUUGAAUUAGACCCAGCAAUUUCUACAUCACCAAUUCGUGAAAUCGAGUGUGUUCAAGUUGAACAUACGCCAGCAAAAAAGAAAAGUUUAAAAUAUGAAAUAACUGAAAUUAAAAGGCCAACUUGUUCAAAAAGAAGUUCACCCUAUCACACGUGUUCUUGUUGUACGCAGUUGACGAAAAUAAGGAAUUCAAUCGCUCGCAUUUGGGUAGAUAAACUCGAAAAUUUGGAAGCAGAUCAGAGAUUGCUAGCAGAAAAAGCUAUAAACGAUGUUUUAUUUGAAGCUGAAAUGGGAACUCUACAUAGACAUUCUGUGAAAAUUAAUCAACAAGCAGAAGAAUGUUCAUCACCUUACUCACAGUAUUUCGUUUCCACACAGGACAACAUUUCCGAACAACCUGAUUUACAACCAAAAAUCACCAAGGAAGAAUCUUAUUUGUCCGGUGAUAUUGGUGAACAUGUUGUAGUUUUAAGUCAGGAUUAAGGAACCAAUUUCUAGAUUUAUAUAUUUUUUUUUAUUAUUCAAUAAUAACAAGUCUUAUUAAAGUUAAAAAUAUAUUUUA